GGUGUUUCUGAUCCGUGGACGAACGGUGAAAACAUAUGUCCUGAAACAUUAUCAAAGGGUAAUUAUUUCGAAGACUGUUUUGUGGAAAACAAGACCAAUCAACCGAAAUUACCCGAUUCUGAACAAUAUCUACAAAGCCUUUGCCAUAUUAUCAGUGGGUUGUUGUAACCAUUUGGUGAAGAAAUUUUUCUCUACAUAGAAAAGAUUGGCAUUGAGCAUAUCCUACAGUUUACGUGAUCACGUAUAUCCAACAGAUUCAAAGCUAAAAGCUGUACAAGGCGGAACUUCCAAAAAAGACCUUGUUAAUUCUUUAUCAGCAGUAAAGGAGGAUUGCAUUGCUCGAUUGUUAAGCGACGAUUGUAAACCUCAGUCUGAAGAAGAAUUUGAACUUGCUGCUAAUCCAUUAGUACGCCAUAUUGCCCCACAUUUACAAGCAUUAACUGCUAGUGAAUUAGUGCAACUGCUCAAAGCUGACGUACUGCAAGUAGUUACUGACGAACAGAACGAGCAAACGACAUCAGGAUAAAUAUUUUACAUCAAGAAUUUUACUUCCAAAAUGUCUGUACCCGCAUUAUCUGGCAGAGUAUUUCUCCUCAUUACUGGUGCUAGUCAAGGAAUUGGCAGACAAAUAGCAGAAUCAUUUGCACCGCUAUUAGGUGAUGGAUCAUUGGUAUUAUUAUUAGCCAGAAGUGCUAGCGGUUUGCAAGAGACUGCCGGCAAGCUCUCUGGAAAGAUCAAAGUUCAUACUGUGAGCGUUGAUCUCAGUACUGCAACAGCGGAUAAAUUACGGGAUAUUAUUGGAACAGCCUUAACUCCUGCAGGUGCAAAACAGUUUGAGAAGGCUGUUAUUGUCCAUAAUGCCGCCUCAGUUGGUGAUGUGUCACAAUCAACAGUGGCUAUGACAGAUUUUCAGGUCUGGCGUGAUUACUAUGAUCUGAAUGUCUUUGCUCCUGCUGUUUUGAAUGGCGUGUUUAUGGAAUUUUUCAAUGCAGAUGCAAAAGUUGCAAGGCUCGUUAUAAAUAUCACAUCAAAAUGCGGUAUCGAACCUUUCAAAUCAAUGGCAUAUUAUUGUUCUGGAAAGGCAGCUAGAGAAAUGUUUUUUAAGGUAUUCGCUGUUGAAUAUCCUAAUGUGAAUGUGUUGAACUAUUCUCCCGGCCCUGUGGAGACCGAUAUGCUGCGUACGGUACAGACAAAUAUAGGAGAUCCAGAAGUUAAAGAAGCAUUUGUUCAAUUGGCUACAAGUCGCUCAGCAUUGACAACGGAGCAAACGGUUAGUCGUCUUGUAAAAAUACUUGAAUCACAAAACUACAAGUCAGGUCAACACGUUGACUAUUAUGAUUCCGGCUAUUAAAAAUAUCCUAUAUUAUACAAAAAUAACUCGGUUGGCACAAAGAAAAUGCAAAACAAGUAAGAAAGUUCAAACCAGUUGGUCAUGUUGAUUAUUUGAUUCAAUUUUUCAAGCUCCGUAGUUACCCCCAAAGAAGGUUCAAGUUCACAAUUAUCACUUGACAAAUUCAAACGUAACGCAAAUGAAUUGCCUGUAAGUUUGAGAAUCUAUAUCUCACCAAAUUGUUAUCAUGAAAAUUACCGUGCACUUUAUCUACCAGUGUUAUCUGGGAGGGUAACUAAAUCCAUCAUUAGUUCUCAGUCGACACAAAAAUUAUCAAUACGCAAUCAUCAUAUAAAUUGUUAUUUCAAACGAACAAGGCUACGAUUAUCUUUAUAUUCCUAAAAAACGUGGUUACGAUUCAGCAGUUAUCAUUUAAUGUCGCAAAAAUAAUUUCUAUAAACGUUUGCAUGAAAUAUGACCUUGAUGUAUUAAAUAAUUUAUAUACAUAUAUAUUUCGCUAAAAAGUU